AUGAGUGCUCGUGGCCAGAACUAUGCCUUCCAGUCACCCACCAUGGUUCAACCUUCUAAUGGAGGUCACGCUUACCUGUUCUCGACCACCGGUUCCGAGAACGAACUGUCCGAGGAUGAGGUUGAGAUCUACGAGCUGCGGCCGCGUGGCAAGGAGCGGUCUCGGAGGAGUACCUCCAGGGAAAAGAUGGAUGACAUCAUCUACCUGACCCGAGACAUCCAUGAGGGGGACACGCUGAACAGCAUUGCCUUGCAGUAUCAUUGUUCAGUAGCCGACCUAAAACGCUCCAACAGCCUGGUGGCAGAGCAGGACUUUUUCGCCCUGCGUUCAGUGAAAAUCCCCGUCAAGCGUUUUAGCAUGCUGACUGAAACUACCAACAGCGGACCUCUCAAACAGGCCUCUCCCGCCGAAUCCCGACGCUCCUCCCAGAUCUGCUCCGCCGCCGCCCGCCCGCCCGAUUCGUCUACAGAUUCUUCCUCUUCCACGGACAGCGUGGAAAGCUACCUGCUGGUGAAGGACAAGGACAUUGAGCAACUCGUCAAAUCCUCCGAGCCGUCCAGGAGCAACCUCAACGAGGUGGUGUCCUCCUUGACGGUCCAGCCCGAGCAACCCUCGACGGGAAAAGUGGAGUACAAACCGGCGGAGAAAAAGGACCCUUACUACGGUGCCGACUGGGGCAUGAGGUGGUGGACAGCUGUGGUCAUCAUGCUAGUGGUCGGCAUCAUCACGCCUGUCUUUUACCUGCUAUACUAUGAAGUCCUAAUGAAGGCGGAAGUCGGCCAUCGUGGGACAGAUACAGAUCUUCCUAGCUUCAUUCUCGACACACAUGAUCACGCUCUUCUAGAAAACAGUCACGCAGGAGCUCAACCCUCACAACACGCUGCGGGCGUCCAUCAUGAAGCCCCGCAUGCAAAGACUUGA